GAGGCCGUCCGCGAACUGAGCCGGGGGUGUGGAGCAGCCAAGAUGGAGCCGGCAGCUGCCGGUCCCGGCCCUCUGAUUGUGAACAACAAGCAGCCGCAGCCGCCACCUCCGCCGCCGCCUGCCACGGCACAGCCUCCUCCUGGGGCGCCGAGGGCCGCCGGAGGCCUCCUGCCGGGGGGCAAGGCCCGCGAGUUCAACCGCAACCAGCGCAAAGACUCGGAGGGCUAUUCCGAGUCUCCAGACCUGGAGUUUGAGUAUGCCGACACAGACAAGUGGGCUGCAGAGCUCGCAGAGCUUUACAGCUAUACAGAAGGACCAGAAUUCCUGAUGAACCGAAAAUGCUUUGAGGAGGACUUCCGGAUCCAUGUGUCAGACAAGAAGUGGACUGAGCUGGAUACCAACCAGCACCGGACCCACGCCAUGAGGCUCCUGGAUGGCUUGGAGGUCACCGCCCGAGAGAAGAGACUCAAGGUGGCCCGAGCCAUUCUCUAUGUUGCCCAAGGUACCUUUGGAGAAUGCAGCUCAGAGGCAGAAGUGCAGUUCUGGAUGCGCUACAACAUAUUUCUGCUCCUGGAGGUGGGCACGUUCAAUGCCUUGGUGGAGCUUCUGAACAUGGAAAUAGAUAACAGUGCCGCAUGCAGCAGUGCAGUGAGGAAGCCUGCCAUCUCCCUGGCUGACAGCACCGACCUGAGGGUCCUGCUCAACAUCAUGUACCUGAUUGUGGAGACUGUUCACCAGGAUUGUGAUGGGGACAAGGCCGAGUGGAGAACCAUGCGACAGACCUUCAGAGCUGAGCUGGGUUCCCCUCUGUACAACAACGAGCCAUUUGCCAUCAUGCUAUUUGGGAUGGUGACCAAAUUUUGCAGUGGCCAUGCCCCCCACUUCCCCAUGAAGAAAGCUCUCCUGCUGCUCUGGAAGACUGUAUUGUGCACGCUAGGCGGCUUUGAGGAGCUGCAGAGCAUGAAGGCUGAGAAGCGCACUCUCCUGGGCCUUCCCCCUCUGCCUGAGGACAGCAUCAAGGUUAUCCGGAACAUGAGGGCUGCCUCCCCACCAGCCUCUGCCUCAGACCUGAUUGAGCAGCAGCAGAAGCGGGGCCGACGGGAGCACAAGGCUCUGAUAAAGCAGGACAAUCUAGAUGCCUUCAACGAGCGGGAUCCCUAUAAGGCUGACGACUCUCGGGAGGAGGACGAGGAGAAUGAUGACGACAGCAGCCUGGAGGGGGAGGCUUUUCCCCUGGAGCGAGACGAGGUGAUGCCUCCCCCACUACAACACCCUCAGACCGACAGACUCACCUGCCCAAAAGGGCUCCCUUGGGCUCCCAAAGUUAGAGAGAAAGACAUUGAGAUGUUCCUUGAAUCCAGCCGUAGCAAGUUCAUAGGCUACACUCUAGGAAGUGACACCAACACAGUGGUGGGGCUGCCAAGGCCAAUCCACGAAAGCAUCAAGACACUGAAACAACACAAGUACACAUCGAUUGCAGAGGUCCAGGCACAGAUGGAGGAGGAAUACCUUCGCUCUCCUCUCUCAGGGGGAGAAGAGGAGGUUGAACAAGUUCCUGCAGAAACCCUCUAUCAAGGCUUGCUCCCCAGCCUGCCUCAGUAUAUGAUUGCCCUCCUGAAGAUCCUACUGGCUGCAGCUCCCACAUCGAAAGCCAAAACAGACUCGAUCAACAUCCUGGCAGACGUUCUGCCUGAGGAGAUGCCCACCACAGUGUUGCAGAGCAUGAAGCUGGGGGUGGAUGUGAACCGCCACAAAGAGGUCAUCGUUAAGGCCAUUUCUGCCGUGCUGCUGUUGCUGCUCAAGCACUUUAAGUUGAACCACAUCUACCAGUUUGAAUACAUGGCCCAGCACCUGGUAUUUGCCAACUGCAUCCCUUUGAUCCUGAAGUUCUUCAAUCAAAACAUCAUGUCCUACAUCACUGCCAAAAACAGCAUUUCCGUCUUGGAUUACCCUCACUGCGUGGUGAACGAGCUUCCAGAGCUAACUGCAGAGAGUCUGGAAGCUGGUGACAACAACCAGUUUUGCUGGAGGAAUCUCUUUUCUUGCAUCAAUCUGCUUCGGAUCUUGAACAAGCUAACGAAGUGGAAACACUCGAGGACCAUGAUGCUGGUAGUGUUCAAGUCGGCACCCAUCCUGAAGCGGGCCCUGAAGGUGAAGCAGGCCAUGAUGCAGCUCUACGUGCUGAAGCUGCUCAAGGUGCAGACCAAGUAUUUGGGGCGACAGUGGCGCAAGAGCAACAUGAAGACGAUGUCUGCCAUCUACCAGAAGGUGCGGCACCGGCUGAACGACGACUGGGCAUACGGCAACGAUCUUGAUGCCCGGCCAUGGGACUUCCAGGCAGAGGAAUGUGCUCUCCGUGCCAACAUUGAACGCUUCAAUGCCCGGCGCUAUGACCGGACCCACAGCAACCCUGACUUCUUGCCAGUGGACAAUUGCCUGCAGAGUGUCUUGGGCCAGCGGGUAGAUCUUCCUGAGGACUUCCAGAUGAACUAUGACCUAUGGCUAGAGAGGGAGGUCUUCUCUAAGCCCAUUUCCUGGGAGGAGCUGCUGCAGUGAGGAGGGCUGAAAAAGACCAUGAUCUGUCUCAUACCUGAGGGACUGCCCUCACCAUUGCUGCAGUGCUCCUGUUCCCCUCCAGGUGGCAGCACAGCUCCACUGAGUCCACAGCCAGCCCUGGGCCUGUGAGUGAACCCAGGUUAGCCUCUGGUUGAUUCCCAACAUCCUCCUACUCAGGAGCAGUCAUCUCCAAGCUGGGAUCUAUUCUCCCUCCACUUCCCCAGCUUUUACCCUCCUCUCUUGGAUAUGAUCGAUUGAAACUCAUUUCACAGUUAGCCCUAGGCUGGGGAAAGCUGAGCUGGGCCUUGCAUCCCUUCUCGUCAGCAGCUGUACCUUGAGGUUACACUGACUCCUGGGCAGCUUUGGCAUGUCAGCUGGUCAGGAAGAAGGGUCGGUUUGAGGGCCAAGAGCAGAGUCAGCACCUUGGCUGUGCUCUGGGGCUAUCUCGUGCCAUCCCAGCAUCCUGCUAAGUUCUAUCCAGAAGUGACGGACACACAGCCUCUGCACCCUGGUUUUGGAUGUGGUCAAAGGUGGAGUGAGGCUUCCUGAAGCCAGAGGUGCCGGUUUCCUCUUGAUUGCCAUGACCUGUAAAUAUACAAAACUCUGUGUGAUCUCUGGUGUCAUGGUGGGGUUUUUAAUGUGUUUGUGUAUUCUGUUUACAUUAAAAGAGAACAGAACUGUC